UAUUUACCACCCUUCUUACUAUUCAUAUUAUUUUGGUUCAUCAUACUGUUAUAUAUUGUGAGCUUAUUCGCAAAAUUUACUGUAUUACAUUUCUAUUAGACUGGGUUAAAGUUUUUAUUAUAUAAUCAAUUUGAAAUUAAUUUCCUUUUAUUAAUUUCCAAUUUGAUUAAGUGACACACAUUAGUAUGCUCAAAUCUUCACUUCGUACUAAAUUCCCAUCUAUUAUGCCUUCCAUUAAGCAGUUUUCAACUUCAGCCUUGAAGGGUGACCUUUACAGAUACCAAAAGGAACUUCCAAAGCUCCCAGUUCCAACUCUUCAAGAAUCUGCCGCAAAGUACCUUUCUUCGGUACAACCUCUUUUGAACGAAUCUCAAUUUCAAUCAACUACUGCUAAAGUUCAAGAUUUUAUUAAAUCUGGAGGAAUUGGUGAAAAAUUACAAGCUCGUCUUGAACAAUUUGCUGCCAAUCCAAAGGUUGACAAUUGGCUCGCUGAAUGGUGGGAUGAUUAUGCGUACAUGUCUUAUAGAGACCCAGUACUGCCAUAUGUCUCAUAUUUCUUUUCUCACAAAGAUGUUCCAACCCUUGUUGGUAAGGAUCAAUUAUUGAAGGCAACUCUUAUUGCCUAUUAUACCACACAAUUUAUGAUUGAAGUUCAAAAUGAAACUUUGGAACCUGAAAUUAUUAAGGGUAAUCCAUACUGUAUGAAUGCCUUCAAGUAUAUGUUUAGCAAUUCUCGUGUUCCUGCUGAAGGAGCCGAUAUUACUGAAAUUUAUGAUGGUGCUGAACAUCCAUAUUUCGUAGUUGCCAUUCAAAACCAUUUUUACAAGGUUUAUCAUCAUUCCACUUCUGGAGAACCUUUGUCUAAGGCUCAACUUUAUAAACAACUUGAACAUAUCACUCAAGAUGUUCAAAAGUUUGGUAAGGCAACUCCAUUGGGUGCCUUGACCUCUUUAAACAGAGAUGAAUGGUUAUCUCUGUACACUCAAUUGAUUAAACUGCCAUCAAAUAAGGCUUCAUUGGAUGCUAUUCAUGCCUCCUCUUUCCUCAUUGCCUUGGACUCAAACUCUCCUGUCACUAUUGAAGAAAAGAGUAAGAACUGCUGGCACGGAGAUGGUCAAAACCGUUACUUUGAUAAGCCAUUACAAUUCUUUGUAAGUGCUAAUGGUAACUCUGGAUUCCUUGGUGAACAUUCUAGAAUGGAUGCCACUCCAACCGUUCAAUUGAAUAACUUUAUUGUUUCAAAACUUUUCCAAGAAGAUUCAAAGGCCCUCGUAAAGGAAAUUGAUAGUUCUGUUGAACUGUUAAGUUCUCUCCCAGUUCAAUCCCUUCCAAAAAUCCUUUCAUUUGAUAUCAAUCCUUAUGUAAGAGAAGAAAUUAAUCAAGCUAUUGUUAAAUUUCAAAAAACUAUUGAAUCACAUGAUGAAGAAAUCUUCCAAUAUCAAGGUUAUGGUAAGAAUUUGAUUAAGCAAUUUAAGGUUUCACCGGAUGCUUAUGUUCAAAUGUUGAUGCAAUUGGCCUAUUAUAAGACUACUGGUAAAAUUAGACCUACUUAUGAAAGUGCUGCAACAAGAAAAUUCUUGAAGGGUAGAACUGAAACUGGCCGGACCGUUUCUAAUGAAUCUAAGAAGUUUGUUGAAACUUGGACUUCCUUAGAUAGUACUAACGAAGAAAAAAUUGCUACAUUCCAAGCCGCUUGUAAGCAACAUGUUGCCUAUUUGAGUGAUGCUGCUAAUGGUAAGGGUGUUGAUCGUCACUUUUUCGGUUUAAAGAAUAUGUUACAAUCUGGUGAAGAAAUCCCAGAAAUCUUUACUGAUCCAGUAUUUGCUUAUUCUGCUACUUGGUACCUUUCUUCAUCUCAAAUUCCAUCUGAAUAUUUCCAAUCUUGGGGUUGGUCUCAAGUUAUUGAUGAUGGAUAUGGUUUGGCUUACAUGAUCAACUCUGAAUGGAUCCAUGUACAUAUUUCAUGUAAGAAGGGUAAUGGGUUAAGAUCCGAUCACUUGAAAUGGUAUCUUACUGAAUCUGCCAAUCAAAUGAAGGAUGUAUUGAAGACUUCCUUACCUCCAAAAGCCAAAUUGUAGAGCAGUU